GAUCAUGGGAGCGCGAUAGUGACGACGGAUUCGCCACUGGAUUUCGGAGCGACCUGCUACAGAACGACUCCUAUGACACUGUCUCAUCCGAUUUAACUGCCAGCGCUUCACACUCCCUCUUGCUGGGCAAAUGGCUUCGGAAUUGCGACGACAAGCACGAGGAAUGCCAUCGGCCGUCGGGAAAGGAGAACUUCUGGCCAAAAAGAGUUAUCUAUGUUGACGACCGCAACAAAUCGACCCUCGUCGAAGAGCAACCUCAGGGAGAAGACUACCUUGUCCUCUCGCACUGCUGGGGCCCCCUCACAGAUCAAGACAAGAAGCGUUUCUGCACUACUAGCGAGAAUUACGGAUCUCGAAAGCUGGGCUUCAGCUACGACGCGCUGCCGAAAACAUUUCAAGACGCAAUUCAGGUGACUCAAGCGCUUCAGAAAACGUACUCUGGAUCGAUGCUCUCUGUAUCAUACAGGAUGGACCCGACUGCGACUGGGACAGCGAGGCUAAGGCCAUGGCAGAUAUCUUCGCCUACGCGUACUGCACCAUUGCCGCGAGCUCAGCACGUGGCUGGGGAGAUGGUUUCCUGAAACCACAGUCGGAUCCCCCGCAUAAUGGAGUACAAGGCCGUCCAAGCACACCGACUUGCGUAUGUGACUUCGACAAAGACGUGGAUGAAGGGCCCCUUAUGAAGAGGGCCUGGGUACUACAGGAACGGGUGCUGUCCCGUCGAAUCAUCCAUUUUACUGCGGCACACACGUAUUGCGAGUGUGGGGAUGGAGUGCUGUGUGAACAACUCACAAAACUGAAGCCGCCAUGGGGGAAGCAAUAUUUCAUCCUCGAUCCGAACUUUCCGAAGAGACUCAGCAAGUCUAGGUAUGAGCGUACCCUCGAUUUCGUCCAAUUCCUCUUCAGAAAAUAUUCAAGUUCC